UCAGUCAUUCAUUCCACCCAUCAAUAUCUUUGUUGUUGUGAGACUUUGUUGUUGUUGUGAGGUAAUACAAUGGCGAUGAUAGUGGAUGCAUUUGCUGGGAAGCUGGUGGAGAGGCUCGCAAAUAUCAUUGAAGAGAAGGCCAUCAUGGUGUUAGGAGUCAAGGAUGAGCUCCAAAGACUCCGGCGGAGGAUGGAGAGGAUUGCACGUGUGCUCAAGGAUGCCGAGAAGAGGAGUAUCCAAGACGAGACUGUCAAAGGAUGGGUCGAUGAGCUGAAAGAUUUGAUGUAUGAUGCUGAUGAUAUCAUUGAUCUUUGCAUGAUACAGGGUACUGGGCUUUUGCAAGAUGUUGAUCAUCCUUCUCAGAUGGCUGAGUCAAGUGCUACUGCCUCAACAAGGGUAUGCUGUCACUUUCCAUUACUCUCUUGUGUGCGCAGUAUUCCAUCUCGCUAUGAGAUUGCUGAUAAAAUUAAAAGUCUGAAUGAUAAGCUAGAAGAGAUAUCUGAGGACAAGAAUAAGUUUAAUUUCAUAACUUCUUCUAACUCAAGUGAUGCAUAUGCUAUGAAUGAAGCUUCUUAUCGGCAAAGUUCCUCCUUACCUGAACCUGAUAUUGUGGGUUGGGAUAUCAAAGAUGCUACUAAUAGUCUUGUUGAAUUAUUGGUCUCUCAACCUGAACAAAAAUGCCGUCUUUUUGCCAUUGUUGGUAUGGGGGGUAUAGGCAAAACAACACUCGCACAACAGAUAUAUAAUGAUCCAAAAAUAAAUGAUGCUUUUGUGUUACGUUCAUGGAUUUGGGUUUCAAAAUCUUUCACAUCAAGGAUUGAUUUCCUAAAAGAAAUCAUAAGAAAUAUUGGGGGUAAAUAUGGAGAGUGCACAACAAUCUCAGAGUUACAAAAUAUACUUUGUGAUUUCCUUCGUGAAAAAAACUUAUUUCUAGUUUUAGAUGAUGUUUGGGAUGAGAACAUAUGGGUUGAUUUAAUUAAAAAUGCAAUAGAAAGAACAACAAAAAAAUGCAGGGUUUUGGUCACUACAAGAGAUAGAAACACUGCUGUAAAAAUGGGGGCAACACAUAUCCAUCAUGUUAACAAACUGCCUUCGGAUGUUGGUUGGGAAUUGCUAUGCAAAAAAGUUUUCACAAACAAUAGUACACAAGAUAUGCAGAGACUAAAGGAUAUCGGGAUGAAAAUUGUUGAAAAAUGUGAUGGUCUUCCGGUAGCAAUAAAAGCCAUUGCCGGUGUUCUCGUAACAAAAGACCAAAAUAAAAGAGAAUGGGAGAAUGUGCUUAACAGCGAUGCUUGGACUAUUACAGGACUUCCAGAAGAGCUGCAAGGAGCUCUAUACUUGAGUUAUGAAGCCUUACCUUCAGCUCUUAAACAUUGUUUCCUCUAUUGUGCUCUUUACCCCCGUGGUCAUGAAUUUUAUUUAGAAGAUCUUGUUUGUCAUUGGAUUGCAGAAGGCUAUAUUGAAGCAAAGGGAAAUUCAUCAAUGGAGGAUGUUGCAAAAAGCUAUUACAUGGAAUUAAUUUGUAGGAGUUUCUUACAACCUGACCCUGUGUAUGUGGAUAUGUCGAGUUGCACAAUUCAUGAUUUGUUGCGAGCACUAGCUGAGUUUUUUGCAGGUGAUGAAAGUUUUUCAGGCGAUCCACUAGAAGUACAAAGCACAGAUUCAAUGAAAAAACUACGCCGUUUGACAAUUACAAGUAAUAGGGAAAGUGUGAGCAUUCCACAUCUUGAUUGCCUAAGAAGCUUGGUUAUGGACUCCUCCAAGUUUGAACACACAAGUGAUUGGCAACUUAAAGCAUUUGCGUUUAUUACUUCUCAAUGGAGACAAGAUUGAGAAUAUUCCAGACAGUAUUGGGUGUUUAGU